GCGGCCGCAGCAGCGCGCAAGGUGACGCGACUUCCGGCGGCGGCGUGGAGGCGAUGGCGGAGGCCGAUGGAGACCUGGACCUGGAGAAUGAGGAGACGGAGCGGCCGGCGGAGAAGCCGCGGAAACACGACAGCGGAGCGGCGGAUCUGGAGCGGGUGACCGACUAUGCGGAGGAGAAAGAGAUUCUCAGCUCGGACCUGGAGACGGCAAUGUCCGUCAUUGGAGACAGAAGAUCCCGGGAACAGAAAGCUAAACAGGAAAGAGAGAAAGAGCUGGCAAAAGUGACCAUCAGGAAAGAAGAUGUCGAAUUGAUUAUGAACGAGAUGGAGAUCUCUCGGACUGCAGCAGAGCGUGGCCUGCGAGAACAUUUGGGAAAUGUCGUUGAAGCUUUGAUUGCUCUCACUGACUGAGCUCACAGCAUGUUGCCUGGGACUGCUUCAGACAUGUUUGGGAGGGGAGGGGGAGGGGGAAUGCAAAGGGGUGGGGGGCAAGAGGUGAAUGGAAUUGAAGGUCCCUCCAUCUGUGCAAACACUGCCCACUGUUUGGUGACAGGAUUGGGAUGGUUUCAGUGAAGUUGGCUGCUUUACUGGCGCAAGUGCUACUCAAGAUCCAACACUGAAUCUUGAAGAAGGGCGGAACCUUCCAAAUGAGAAGGAAUAAAAAGACUGAAAACUUGAAUCAAUAAAAAACAAGUCCACUUACUCAAA